AUGUCAAAAAUCACCCAUCUUUUUACUUUCCUUUUAAGUGUUUCUGCAGUUGUGCAGGCUGUGCCUGCUCCUGCUCCUAGACCUUCUGGUUCAGCGCAUCCCGGCCAUCCAGGCCACCACGGAGGGCAUGGCCAUGGUUCUUGGCCGCCUCAUAGCUCAAGGCCCGGUGUGCCAUCUGCCACUCCGACAGUUCCACUCCCGAGGUCCUCACCAGUUAUUUCUGUUUCCUCUGGUGAACCUAAUACGGCUACUUUUGCUGCUGCGAACUCAGCUAUCACACCUUCAGCUGACGCCUCCGACUCUUCGUGCACCUUUUCUGGCCCAAGUGGUGCAGCUUCAGCAAGCGAGUCCAAGAAGUCUUGUUCUACUAUCGUCCUGUCCGACGUGGCUGUGCCAUCUGGGACGACCUUGGAUCUGACUGAUCUCGAGGACGGCACUGCGGUGAUUUUUGAAGGAACAACCUCAUUCGGCUACGAAGAGUGGGAUGGUCCACUGGUCUCGGUUUCUGGGACUGGCAUCACAGUUAGUGGAGCUGAUGGACAUGUUAUUGACGGCGACGGUUCUCGCUGGUGGGAUGGCGAGGGCUCAAAUGGUGGCACGACCAAGCCCAAGUUCUUCUAUGCUCACGAUCUUACAUCCUCGACCAUCACAGGAUUGAACCUCAAGAACUCUCCGGUUCAGGUAUUCAGCGUCGAUGGAUCCACUGACCUGACUUUGGAUAGCAUCACUAUUGAUGACUCUGACGGCGAUAGCCAGGGAGGGCAUAACACGGAUGCUUUUGAUGUCGGCGAUAGUACCGGGAUUAUAAUUUCGGGGGCUACGGUUUAUAACCAAGAUGAUUGCCUAGCCAUUAAUUCUGGAAAGAACAUUACAUUCACCGGGGGAACCUGCUCCGGUGGCCAUGGGCUAUCCAUUGGGUCUGUCGGUGGAAGAGAUGACAACACAGUCUCCGACGUGACGAUCUCUAGCUCCAAGAUUUCCAACUCGCAGAAUGGCGUCCGUAUUAAAACUGUCUACGAUGCCACUGGCUCCGUCUCGGGAGUUACGUAUAAAGACAUCACCUUGUCCAACAUCACCAAGUAUGGAGUUGUAAUCGAACAAGACUACGAAAACGGAAGUCCGACAGGAGACCCUACAACAGGUGUCCCAAUCACCGAUCUGACCUUGGAUGGUAUCACGGGUGAUGUCGCGAGCGACGCCACAAACAUAUAUAUCCUGUGCGGUGAUGGAAGCUGUUCCGACUGGACCUGGACUGAUGUCAGCGUCACUGGUGGGAGCGCCAGCGAGGACUGCUCGAACGUUCCCAGCGGCGCUAGCUGCUAA